UUCAACAAGUUGAGAUCGUUUCAGUUUCAUUCGCUUUAACGUCUCCUCUUCCAAAGGCUUUUUUUACUUGUUAAUUUUUUUUUGUGUGAAAAACUUUCUGUAAGAAAUAAAAAAAAAUAUUACAGGUGUUCUUUUUAAUUGUUUGCCAAGUGCUGCGAGGAUCAGUGUCAAAAGAGGAUAAAGAGGAUAUUGUUUUUCGUGAGAAAAGCCACGAAGAAUUUUUUUAAUGAAAAUUAUGAAGAUACAGCAACGAUUGAGCAGUUCAGCGCGAAAGUAAAGUGAUUUGUUCUGUUCGAUUGGACAAGAAAGCAUCACAAUGGAGUGGAACGAGGGUGAUCUUGUUUGGUUUGAUCCCGGUUUGGGGCACCCACUGCCAGGGGAAAUUCAAGAAGUACACCGAGCCGCUCAAGUAAUCAUCGUUCAGGCAGUCAUUAAUGGAAAAAUGAGGAUUGUGCGAUUUCACCUGGAGCCAUGGCAGAAAGGUGGAUCAGCUACAUCAACGCCAUGUUCCUCACCAUCACUCUCCUUCAGGACAAGUGUGAUUUGGCGACGUCAGCGGCGUCCCAAUGUCGAUGAUAUUCCGUGCAUUGAUAGACUGACUGAAGAGGAGAUUCGUGCUAAGAAACUCCGUGAAAGAUUGAGACAGCGAUACCCACAAGUGGUCAGGAGAUUGGUCUCCCUCUGCAGUGAUAUUGUUGCGCAGAAUCCACAGACAUUCACGCUCUCCCUGGGCGAGGGAAAUCUUCAGGCACGACAAGAUUUGGGAAGUACCGGAGUGGAUGACAUGACACAACUCAGUGAUCUCCACGAAGCAUCCCUUUUGUGGAAUUUACGCCUUCGCUACGAUCGUGGAUUGAUCUAUACCUUUGCCGGAAGUAUUCUCAUUGCUGUAAAUCCGUACAAAAUGUUCCCUGACUCCUAUGGGCUUGAGGUGGCAAAACAGUAUGCUGGACGUCCAUUGGGUUCACUGCCACCGCAUCUCUUUGCAAUAGGAGCAGCAGCUCAUGCUGCACUACCAUCACCACAAGUUGUUGUCAUUUCGGGGGAAUCCGGUGCGGGGAAGACUGAAUCCACAAAAUUGGUGAUGCAGUACUUAGCAGCUGUGGUGCCAGGUGGUGGAUCUGCCAGUGCUGUCAUCACGGAACAAAUACUCGAAGCAGCACCACUCCUUGAGGCUUUUGGCAAUGCAAGAACAGCAAGGAAUGACAACAGCUCACGCUUCGGGAAGUACCUGGAGGUGUAUUUCAAACAAGGUGCCAUUGUGGGUGCAAAGAUAACGCAAUAUUUAUUGGAAAAAUCGAGAAUUGUCACACAAGCACCCGGAGAGAGAAACUACCAUGUCUUCUAUGAACUUCUAGGUGGUCUAACGGAGGCAGAGAGAACAAAGUAUGGGCUCCUGGAGGCUGAAAAGUAUUUCUACCUCAAUCAAGGUGGAUCCGAUUGUGCUCCUGGACGUGUUGAUUGGGAAUCCCUCCAGGGAGCCAUGCAAGUUCUCGGGGUGUCUGAAAAUGAACGCGAAGGAAUUGUCCGAGUUCUCGCGUCUGUUCUCCACCUGGGCAACGUUUACUUCCAUCGACGACAACUACGUCAUGGGCAGGAAGGUGUGGAAGUGGGAUCAGAUGCUGAAAUCAAAUGGACUGGGCAUUUGUUGCAAAUCUCCAGUGAAGGGCUAAUGCGGGCACUAACAACGCGCAUCACAGAAGCCCGCGCUGAACGUCUGCACACCCCACUUAGCAUUGAUCAGGCACUCGAUAUGAGGGAUGCCUUUGCAAAGGCUCUCUAUUCGGGACUAUUCAGUUGGCUCGUUUCCCGGAUUAAUUCAAUUGUCCACAAAGGUGGCACGCAUGAUGCACAGAGAAUAUCAAUCCUUGAUAUUUUUGGUUUUGAAGAUUUAGCUGAGAAUUCCUUUGAGCAACUCUGCAUCAACUACGCCAAUGAAAAUCUCCAUUUGUACUUCAAUAAGCACGUGUUUAAGCUCGAACAGGCAGAGUAUGCGCGGGAACGCCUUGAAUGGACCCCCCUAACGUGGGAAGACAACCUCCCGGUGAUACAUCUACUGGCAAAGAAGCCCGUGGGUAUUUUUCACCUUCUCGAUGAUGAAUCCAACUUCCCACGGGCAACGGAUUUGAGUUUCUUAGAGAAGUGCCACUACAAUCAUGCACUCAGUGAGUUGUAUUCACGUCCUCGUAUUGGUGCCCAAGAAUUCGGUGUGACGCACUAUGCUGGGCAGGUGUGGUACUGCGUUGAAGGGUUCCUUGAGAAGAAUCGUGAUGCAUUGGCAAUGGAACUCUUAGAGCUAUUGGGAUCCAGUAAGCAACCAAUUGUAACGGAUAUGACACGAAUGCUCCGUGCUCAGCGGGAUGCUGGAAAAUCUAUGCCACGUGGUGCCAAUGGACGCUUUGUCACAAUGAAGCCACGCACCCCGACUGUUGCUGCACGCUUCUCAGAUUCCCUACAGCAGCUGCUGCAGUCAAUGGCACGUUCCAAUCCGUGGUUUGUGCGUUGCAUUAAGCCCAACAACGAUAAACAAGCCCUCCGGAUGGAUAUGCCGUGUGUGCUGCAGCAACUGCGCUACCUGGGUAUGUUGGAUACAAUUCGCAUCCGACAGAAGGGAUACCCAGUUCGAUUGAGAUUCCAGCACUUUGUCGAACGCUACCGGCACAUGCUGAAGACACCAAUUCCCCGUGGGACACCGUAUCGAGAACUCUGUCGUAUGGUACUGGAAGCACUGCCCAAGACCAAUACUGAAGGCCCAGAUUUCCAACUUGGAGCCACGAGAGUCUUUCUCCGAGAGGAAUUGCACCGAAUCUUGGAGAAUGGACGAUCGGAGAGAUUGCGAAAUGCUGCUGUUGUCGUGCAGAAGCACGUCCGAGGAAUGCUUGCGAGGAAACGCCUGCAGAGGCAGCGUCAGGCAGCGGUGCGUAUUCAAUCUGUGUGGCGCGGGAAGCGACAACGCAAGAAGUUCAGCAAUCUUCGUAGUGCAACAAUAAAAGCCCAGGCACUGUACCGGGGGAAAGUUCAACGGAAGCGCUAUGGCAUGCUCAAGGCAGAAAUGCGACGACGUCGUGAUAUUGAGCGAUCACAGCGUGAACGAAUGGCACAGAGAUUGGCCAAGGAGCAAGCUGAACGGAGUCCUGUUGUACAUCUCGAUGUACCGGCUGAGCUUGCAUUUAUCUUCUCAAAGAUCGAAGGGUGGAAUGCAGUGCACGGGGAUCGGCAUCUUGUGAAGGUUGUUGGCACAGUUCCUGGUCCACCUGCAACCGGAAACCUACCCAAUGAUCUCGAUCAGUUUGCCUUUGGGAAGUUCAGUUCGGUUUAUUGCAAUGGGGUUCGCCUGGGGGCACGAAGGGAUCCCAUAAAUGCUCCAUUUUUGUCACGUGCAGCUGCUCGUGAUCAAGAUUUCCAAGAUGCCUUGGCGAUGUUUAAGCUCAUCCUCCGUUGGACUGGUGACUCCUCACUCGAUGGGAUGAAGGAAAAGGCCCUUGCUGACUAUAUUGUGCACAAAGGACUCUCAAGUCGUGGCUUAAGGGAUGAGAUUCUCGUACAACUCUGCAAUCAAUCACAUCGCAUUGAUGAAAAGCAAUCUCAGCGUAUUUGGCAACUUAUGUCGCAUUGCUUGGCGUGCUUCCAACCCGGAUCGGCAUUCAAUAAGUACUUGAUAAAAUUCGUCGUGGACAAUGCACCUGAAACAAUGCGGGAGAUGCUCCUGAAGAAACUCCUGAGGAAUGGAAAUAUGCUGCAAACUCCUCCGUGUCGACUUUUCCCUCCCACAUGGCUGGAAUGGCGAUCAACAUCCAGGCUAUCUGACAUUGCCAUUGGGCUUACCCUACCUGAUGGUGUUAGUCAAACUGUAGCCAUUGAUUCGUGGACAACAUGCGAGGAAGCAGCUGGUCUUGCAGUAUCCUCUCUUGGAAUUUCCAGCUCUGGAUGGACGGUGGUGAUGGAUGAUGCUGGUCUUCUUACGGAUUCCUGUGGGUUGGACUUUGUCCUUGAUCUUGUUGCCGAGAAGGAACUCUGCCCGGCUUUUCCAGCUGUUCGUAGUGACCUAAUGCGAUGCGGCAGGAAAAAUUCUCAAGCACCAAUUCAGGAUAUUGAGCCAGUUAGCCCAAGGCGGCCACAGGUGCCACCACCAGAGCCACCGAGAAUGGAAAAUAUUGUUGAGAAGAAGAUUGAGUGUGAGGAACGCAAAGUUGAUUAUCGACCAUUUGAGAAUGUGACCCGAAAGACAUCACAUGAUCUUCUUUCACGCAGUUCAGCCCUCAAUGAGAGAUAUUUCGAGGGGGAUAAGACACGAUCACGAUCACUGGAUGAUCUUCUGGCUGGGGAAUCAGGAGAAAUAAUCCCACAGACAAAUCCUGAACCUCUGACAACGCUUGGGCUGUCUGAGAGUCGUCUCAAUGAUCGCUACCACUCAACGGAACGCCUAGCACCAACAAAGCAAGUUCAGGAGCCACCACCACGCUACCAAAAAUCCCAAUAUGCUGGAAAACGCUCUGCUAGCUCGCACUCUAGCAAAUACAUCGAUAGGAAUGAGUAUGGGAUUAGAUCAUCAGCUAUGUCUGAUACAAGUGAAGCUCCAUCCCUUGCUAGUCACGUAAGACGUGUCCGGGUGCCAUCACAGGCAUCGGAUGUUGAUCAAUUCUUGGAUGAACUCUUCAGUCCCGUUCUCGAUGGGUCUCUAGAUGAACUCUCAGAUGCAAGAUCUCUAGCUGCAAGCAUCCGUGGGGGUGGUUUUGAUGCGGAAAUGGAUGAAUUUGCCAGUGCUCCACUCAUGGAUGACGAUAUAGCGCUGCUUUGCAAUCCAAUUGGUCUUACGCAGCGAAUUAAGGGUGGUGGGGAAACAAAUAAGGCAGCAGCUGCAGCUCAAGAUCCAGACACUGAAGUUGCUUCCAUAACUGAUCCGCUGGAAAUAUCAGUUGAUGACUACAUAACAAAUCUCUUCCAGCCAAUCUUCAUCAAUGACUCCCUGAGGCACCUCACGGAGAAGUCAGAACUCGUGGAAGCCAUCAAGGGUGGUGGCACAGCUCACACGGGACAAGCAACAAAUGGCUAUGGGGCUUCCGUGCGCCCCAAUCCACUCCAAAUGAUCCGUCCAGAUGCCAUAAUGUCCAUGGUGCCGAUAGCAGGUGAUGAAUCAAUUGUGUAUCAGCAGCAUGUGCAACGGGCCUUCCUUGAGUCCGCCAUGGCGCAAAAUUUGCAAAUUCAGCAGCAAUUAAUGGAGCAGAAUCAAGCUCUUCAGAGUCUCCUACGGCAGCAAGAUACUGGACCAACAUCUCCGCAUGCACCAGCAGCUGGGAGGAAACCGAGUUUCAAGGGGCGAAGUUCAUCGUCACCUUUUCUCGAUAUGCUGCGCAACAGGAAGGUAUCAUCGGAUAGUGGUGGUUCCCUGAUUCCACCACCUCCUCCGCCACCAAUGCCACCACCACUGGAAUUUAAAGAUCCCUCAGAGGCACGUCCCUUUAUUGAUCCCUACGGACGUGCUAAGACGGUGCGUAUUGGGAAAUGGCGCUGGCCACCACCAAAGGAGACACCAAUGAAUGAGGCAGAGGAGAAUUUUAUGCGCUUCAAGAUGAGACAGAAUCAACGGAAGACAAGCCCACAGGCAAAUAAUCAAACUUCCGGAUCUCCCAAUGAGUCUGGAACAGUGGAAUGGGAGGAAUUUGAAGUUGAGCACGCUGUUAAGCCAUCAAGUGCCCCCAAGAGCUUCCAUCGGGAUUCAACGGCAUCCAUGGAGCAAUCGAAUCACACCGUGGCACACAAUUCACCUGCUAAAUUGACGCAGCGUCGGAGUUUUGAAAUUGGAGCUGAACGUCCACCACCUGGAAGUGUGGGGAAGCUUAAACUGAGCUCAGAGAUGCGACAGAGAUUGGAACAAGUAACAGCAGGGCAUUCAGUGAGAUCAUCCAACAGUACACGUUCAGAUCGUCCAGAACGGGUGCCGGCAAAACUCGAAGAUGCACGGAGAAUGAUGCUGGAGCAGCAACUUGGUGGUGGUGGGAUGUAUACGCAGGCUGAACAGAGACCCAGAAGCCCGGAACUCCCAUCAGUUAGGAGUCAUGUGCAGCGAAUGGAACAGGGGAAGCGUCCAACACCGCCACCAUGGCCUGUGGUUCUUCCUCCUGCACCUCCUGGACCAGCACCACCACCACCAAUACGACCACCAAAUAGUGUGCCACCUGUUCCACCGCCUCCAGCACCGGUGGUACCACAACAAGCACAGCAGCAACGCACGGAGGCAGCUGCAGCUGAACUUCCUGCAUUUAUGCAACGACAGGAGCAGGAUACAUUUGGAGCACGUCCCGGAUGGAGUGCUUCCGGAGAAGUUAAUGCAUCCAAAUUGGAUUUGGUUUAUGAAACCAACUUCAAGAAGGAUAUUGCAAUGGAACGCGAGAGAUCACGUUCCAGAUCAAGAUCACGUGAUCGUGAGAAUUUCAGUGAGUCCGUGUGGGACCGUGCUGAGGUGGAGGGUCCCCCAUCGAGUGGGAGCGAAAAGGAUCGUGAAAAGCGUGAUCGUUUCUAUGAAAUUCGUCAAGUUGAACGUGAGCGGGAGAGUAACAAAGUUUAUCAGCCUGUGCCACCAAAGAGUAUAGCACCGGAGAAGGAUAAGGUACGCGGGCCAGCUGAGAGGGCCACCUUCAAGACACACAUGGCACAUAAGAAUGCCCUGGAACGCGAACGAAAGAGUUCAGCAUCGACAUUAGUGUCCAACAAUACGGAAAAGAUGGAUGAGACGGAUAUGAUGGUGGAUGAUUGGCCAAUGCAAUCAAUUCCAGCACCCGUACCGGCACCACCAUCCCUCAAAAGUUCCGCAGCUGCAUGCUUAACGUACAACCGUGUUCCGUGGAAGUUGCGUGUUCGCAAGGAGGUCUUCAGACCGGCUGAAGCUAUUGGUCCACCGGCUGCACUGGAUCUUCUCUUUGCCCAAAUAGCAUCGGAUGUCUUUGGGCGUACAGCAUGCUUCCGGAUUGCACCGUCAGAACGUCGCGCUGCCCUAAAUCUCCUCGAGGGGCACAAUGUAACGCUGGAGAAUAUGCGUGGUCAGGUGCGUGCCAUCAUAAAGCGUCACCUUGUCGAUAUGGCGCGCAAUUGGCCCUUCUACUUUGCGCGUUUGUUCGUUGUGAGUGGUUCACCGCAGCUACCGGAAGUCAGUAUCCUCGCGGUGUCGCACAGUGGAGUAUAUUUGGCGCGCAGGAAUUCUGAGCAUCUUCUCAUCAUUCGUUCAGUGCCGUUUGCCGACCUCCAAGGUGCCACAACACUCCCACGUCCAGCUGCACUUCAGCUAACACUCCGCAAUGGGAAUCGCGUUACUCUGCAUGCCCCACGUGCUCCAGCAAUUCAGACUAUGGUCCAGACUUUCUGUCAGGAAUUCAAAAUGAUUCAUUCGAAGACAUCAACACUGUCUUCAGGAGCUAGAGCAGCUGCUGCUGUUUUGAAUGCAAAUCACACGGAGCGUCAUCAUCAUCAGGAAAUUGCACGUAGGACAAGUUCACCGGCACAGCAGCAUCAUCAUAGUGAUGAACAUGAGCAUCAUGGGCGCAAAUCAUCCUCACCGGGACACCACAAGACAUCCAUCAAUCAUCAAGACGUCAUUAUGCAACAACACGUGAAAGAUGACGAAACAGUUCCGGUGAAUGGAGCUCCCGCAGGAUCGGCAAAAUACUCUCUGCUUCAGUUCGCAGCACAACACUUCCGCCAUGAUGCUCACGGUGAGGAGGCAAAGGUGGCACCUGCUGUGACGCGUGGCGAAAAGAGAUCAUCCAGCAGUAGCUCAAGACCACAGUUGGAUCUUGUGCGGUGGCAGGGGAUGCCCCUGAAAACACCCCUGUUGCGCCUUCCCUCGGAUUUGGCAGUCCUCGCAUUGGAGUGCUUCGAAUGUAUCCUACGCUACUGUGGGGAUCUCCCGUCGGAUCCUGACCUCACAGAGGUUCAGUGCGUCUACACAAUCCUCAUGCACUGUCACAAGCAUCUUACGUUGCGGGAUGAGGUGUAUUGUCAGCUUAUGAAGCAGACAACGGUAAAUCGAUCACCAAAUCCCGAAUCAGUGCAGAGAGCAUGGCGUCUCCUUAGCAUUCUGGCAGCAUACUUUGGCUGCUCAGAUGCCCUGAGGCCGUACCUCAUGGAGCACCUCUCAGUAGCCGCGUCGGAUCGUCGACGUUCCUGCCACGGAACGGCGGCUGUAUGCUUGACAAAUUUGAGGAAGACAGCCCGCUGUGGCGGACGGAAAAAUGUGCCAAGUGUUGAGGAAGUCACCGCUGUCUCAGCGGGACGAUCCGCUCGACGACAGAUCUAUCGUCUUCCGGGCGGUGCUGAACGUGUUGUAAACACCCGCUGCUCCACCGUUGUUGCGGAUGUAAUUGCUGAAUUGUGCUCCCUUUUGGGCAUUGAAUCCACAUCGGAGCAACAAGAAUUCUCCCUGUACUGCAUUGUCCAAGGGGAUGCCUUCACAAUGCCCCUGGCGGCCGAUGAAUACAUCCUGGAUGUUACAACGGAACUCCUCAAGUCUGGUCAGCCAUUCUAUCUCAUCUUUUGCCGUAGUGUUUGGCAUUUCCCACUCAAACGUGAUCCCGCCCCGACGCCCCUCUACGUUGAGGUGUUGUUCAAUCAAGUUGCCCCCGACUACCUCGAGGGGUUGCUCCUUGAGCUCCCUGGGGGUGGUGCACCGGCACCCGAUGUUGUGCGUGACAUGGCGAGAGUUGCGGCACUUCUGCACCGUGCAGCAGAUCUCAGUCAUGUGCCAGCCAUGAAGGAGAUUAAAUUCCUCCUCCCAAAGCCGGCUCUUGGAAUUCGGGAGCUGCGUCCAGCACAGUGGGUGGCUCUUGUGCAGUCUGCAUGGCCAUCUGUGGCAAUUCUCAGUCCGGGGCAGGUGAAGGCGCAAUUUUUGGCCGUUUUGGCAACGUGGCCACUCUUUGGGAGUAGCUUCUUUGCCGUGAAGAGAGUCUGGGCGGAUGAUUUGGAGGAAUCAGCAUCAAUAUGGCGAGAACUUAUUCUUGCUCUCAACCGGAAGGGGAUUCUCUUCCUCGAUCCCAAUAGUCACGAAACUCUGCAGCAUUGGCCCUUCACUGAAGUCAUCUCCACGCGGAAGGUUCGUUCUGAGGAUGGAGCCCUCUUCUUGGACAUGAAGGUGGGCAAUUUAAUGCAACAACGCGUCAUCCGUGUGCAAACUGAGCAAGCUCACGAAAUCUCCCGCCUUGUUCGGCAAUACAUAACAAUGGCUCAGGUACAGCAGAGGGAUAGGCGAGACUAAAGGCACAACGAAGAAUUAUUCAAUGAAAAAAAUAAUUUUUAUUAUAAAAAAAAUAAAAUUCAGAGUUUAGGUGUAGUUAAGGAUGAAUCUCUCAGCAUUUUAUUUUCAUUUCAUUGUUAACAGAAAGAAUCUUCAAGAGACAAAUUAUUUCCUCUAUUUUUUUUAUUAUUGUAUAGGCAUUUUUAACUUUUACUUUAUUAUAAUUAUUAUGUUAUUAAAAAUAUACUCAUCU